AUGACCCUGAUCCACUUGAGAAUCAGUUGCUUUCACCUGUGUACCAACGACUAUCUUAAUCUGAAUAAAGAUCCACCACAUAGUCCGAAGUACUAUGAGACGUGGAGCUCCGUCGCCAAACUGCAGGCUUUGGGCCUUGAGGUGAUGGCAAUGCUUGACGGCGAGUUGGAACAAAAGCAGGGCAAGAAUAUCAGCUUCUAUAAUGGCCAGUUCUAUAAUGGCUUCGGCUGCAUAGAACCCACUAAUGGUUACGAUAAGAUCGACAUGGCUGGAUUCGGGCCAAAACGCGUUGUUGCUGGUGUGCUGGCCAACCCGGCGAAUGGUAGCAAGGGCCAUUUAUCACUAGAAACCAUCGGAAGGGCACAAGCGGCCCUCCGAGCAAAGCACCACAACAUAGGAGGAAUCAUGGUCUGGGAGUAUUUCAACGUGGGCCAAGAGGGGGAAACCCAUACAUGUGAACUGUACGAAUGGCAAUGUAUUUGGGCAUGA